CAUAACGCUACACAGCAUGGUCACAACGAGAUGAGAAGUAUGAUAUCGUUUUCAAGGCUGGCAGGAUUGGCAGCAUUCCUGAUCUUGCUCUGCAUCAGCAUAUGUGCAUCACCAGCUGCAUCUUCUCCGGCCAAUUCGAUAUUCGAUGAAUCGCUCACAAUUCGACCUCUACAAGAUGGCCGAGUGCAUACAGUAUUCAAAUUCGAUCUGGAAUCACCCUUGAACGGCGAUAAACCGACAGACAAGGAGUACGAAGGCAAUGUGCCGAUCUAUUCAUUCGUUCCACGAUCUCUGAUCCAUCUUGCACAGAGCAGCAAUGCAGAUGAGAUUCACCUUGCUAUAAAUGCAGGCAAAUGGGAUUAUACAAAAUGGGGAAUACCAAACGAAGAAGAAAUGGUGGGCAUCGGAGCAGAAGUGAAGGCAAAAUUGAAGAAUGAUCAUACUCUUGCAUCCUCCGAUUCAUCACACUUCAACAAUCAAUCUGCCAUACCCGAAGCAGCAUUGCGGAACUGGCGAACGUUAACAGCAAACAUGGCAGGUCUUUUCUGUGCUUCGUUGGACGCUCUGGAUGAGAAACUAACAGUGAUUCCAUUCAAAUCAGAAACAGGAUCGGGAGAGUUUGUCAGUCUGCAUGCAAUGCUGUCUUCGGAAGCUAUUUGUACGGAGAACUUAUCGACUUUGCUCAAACUAUUACCAUGCAAAACAAUGGCAGGCUUGGCAAGUUUACUCAAACCACAUCGAUUCUUUUACUCAGACUUUCAUGGAAUGACGCUACAUCUCGUCCGCACACAUGAUCAAUGGAAAGUUCGUAUUAACGUUCAAGCCGUCUUUUCACCUGCUAUUGCCGCAGGCGUAAAAGGCAAACGAGAUUGGUCAUUGGAAAAGCUUUUUGGCACAACACUUAAGCAAUCCUGCCCUUUGAUUCGCGAUAGUUCGAUCAAGGUGCUGACGCCAAAGCUACAAGCAUCAGAGAUCAUUGACCAAAACGAAGAUACAGAGUUUCGUGUAUGGCCGAUUGUCAUGUCACCUGGUGAAUCGCAAGAUAUCGAUGAUGAUGAGAACUUGUCGGAUAUGGACAAACUUUUAGCCAAAGCGAAACGAUUUGCUGUUCAAUUACGCAAACGUGGAUCGUAUACAUUUGAUACUCGAUCAUCCAAAGAUCUCAAUGUCGAGAUGACAUGGCCCCUCGAACAAUAUUUCGCAUAUCCUACUGCCUAUCCUGCACAAAAGCUUACCACUUCUCGCGUCUUUUCUGGAUAUGGACAAGAAAGUGGAAUCGUUCAGCUUACCAUUACAAAUUUGGAACAAGCAAAGGAGAGGCGGAUAAAGUACACAGAGAUUUUGCCAUGGUUCAUCAAAGUAUACCUUCAUACGAUACAAGAGCAUAUCUCAGAAGAGGUUGACGAGAAAGACGAUCAGAUCGUCUUGUUCUCGGAUGAUUUGAAGUUGCCUGCAGUUCAAUCGUUCAAUUAUACGCCUUCGCUACCAAGAGCAAGACCAACGCAUUUGGAGGUAGACUUACGCAUUCCACCCUUGAGCACUGUGCGUCUCACGUUCGAAUACGAUAAAGCAUUUUUACGAUACGCAGAACAUCCACCAGAUGCACAUCGUGGUUUCGAUAUUCCACCUGCGAUUCUCACACUGGAAGACGGUACACAAUUAUACACCGACCCAGCUCUGGUCGAGGUAGCAGUUCCCGAUUUUAGCAUGCCGUACAAUGUGAUCAUCUUCACAUCAACACUGAUCGCCCUUUGUGCAGGCUCAACGUUGAACAAUUUGAUUCGCAGGUAUACCGAUGUGAUCGAAGUUACACCUGCAAGGAACGUUCAGACGAAAAAGGAGGUUCUAUAACAAUCUUUGAUCUUAUUAUACAUUUUGUAAUUAUAGCCAAACAUACACAGUACAAAUAAUUAGAAACAGGCAUGAUUGC